AUGCCGCACGAGCCAGAGGAACCAAUCUUAUGUGCAAUUGAUACGGGCUAUCGGCACAUCGACUGCGCACUUGCUUACGGGAAUGAAGCUGAAAUUGGAAGAGCCCUCAAAAAAAAGUUGGAUGAUGGAACUUUAUGGAGCGAUUCACAUUGCCUUAAGGAUGUGCGUCCAGGCUGUGAGAAGAGUUUGCGGGACCUAGGACUCAAGUACCUGGAUCUGUAUCUCGUUCAUUAUCCGAUGGCUUUCAAGGUUGUUCCGUUACCAAGGCCUUACGUUCGUAGUGCAAUUGAAUUCGAAAAUGUACCUCUGGAAGAGACAUGGAAGGGCAUGGAAGAGCUAGUUGAAGCUGGUUUGGUUAGGUCAAUCGGAGUAUCUAACUUUAACAAAGCCCAACUUGAGCGCAUUCUGGCUGUCUGCAAAAUACCUCCGGCAGUGAACCAAGUCGAGGUGACAGUGAAUUUUCCAAAUCAAAAGCUGCUCGAUUAUUGUUCCUCGAAAGGGAUCCAUAUCACCGCCUUUUCACCUUUCGGCUGUCCAGGUUUAAUUAAGUAA